AUGCCAGGCUCCGCCCUCAAGACCAUUCCCCUUACAUGGCCCUUUUUCGUUUGGGGCAUGGACAUGGUGGGAAAAUUUCAAACAGGCCCCAACGGCUACACCCACCUCCUCGUCGCCGUCGACAAGUUCACGAACUGGGUAGAAGUAAAACCCAUAAAAAAGUGUGACGGCAAAACGGCGACGAAGUUCCUGCGGGAACUGAUAUACCGCUACGGCAACCCUCACAGCAUCAUCACCGAUAACUGCACAAACUUUGCCAAAGGGGAAAUGGCGGACUUCUGCGAAGACAACGGGAUCCGACUCGACCUCGCCUCAGUCGCGCAUCCCGAGUCGAACGGCCAAGCAGAGAGGGCCAAUCAAAGCAUCCUCCAUGGGAUCAAGCCACGAUUGUAG